AUGUCGCUCGUGAGCUGCCCCGUCUGCGCAAAGGAAAUUCCAAUCCACUCCAUUAACAAACACCUGGACUCCGGCUGCACUGAGGCUAUUCCCCCCGCCACCGACGUUGCCACCUCAAGCUCUAGCUCAUGUUCAGCUCCACCGCCAGAAGCAAACCAUCAGAAGAAGUUGGCCAGUAUCUUCUCCACACCUUCGUCGAAGCGUCAGGCACCUACAGCGCCCCCUGUGUCUCCUUCUCCGGCAGCAAAACAAACCGCACAUCCGACCACGGGUCCUCAAAAACGCCAGUUCAACCACGACUCCAAACACAUCCCGAGCCCCACCGAUGAAACCAUCGCGCCGCCCACAAAACGGCAAAAAGCCACCGUCACCCUCCGCGAUGCCAUGCCACUGGCUGAAAAGAUGCGUCCGCAAUCUCUCGACGAAGUGUGCGGACAAGACUUGGUCGGAAAGGGAGGCGUCCUCCGUGGCUUGAUCGAGGAAGGUCGCGUACCCUCCAUGAUCCUGUGGGGAUCUGCCGGCUGCGGGAAAACUACGAUCGCACGCGUCAUCGCCAAUGCUUCCUCCUCGCGCUUCGUAGAGAUCUCGGCGACGGCUAGUGGCGUCCAGGAAUGCAAGAAGAUCUUUGCUGAGGCGAAGAGUGAGUUGCUGCUUACUGGACGGAAGACGAUAUUGUUCUGCGAUGAGAUUCAUCGGUUUACAAAGAGCCAGCAGGAUGUGUUUUUGGGGCCGGUGGAGAAGGGAGAGAUUACAUUAAUCGGUGCUACUACCGAGAAUCCCUCGUUCAAAGUUCAGAGCGCGCUGCUUUCGCGGUGUAGAACAUUCACGUUGACCAAGCUUUCGCAAGUCAACAUGGAACGCAUCGUCAGGCGAGCUCUUACCGCCGAAUCCCCGAAGGAUCCCAAAGGCGUCCCCAUCACACCACCUCCGCUAGACAAAGAGAUGAUAGCGUACCUCGCCCGUUUCGCCGACGGCGACGCAAGAACGGCCCUCAACCUUCUUGAGCUCGCCAUGAACCUCUCUACUCAUGCCGGCGUAACAAAAGAUGAUAUUAAGAAGAGUCUCACAUGGACACUCGUCUACGAUCGCAGCGGGGAUAUGCACUACGACACUAUAUCCGCCUUCCACAAGAGCGUGCGCGGCAGCGAUGCUGACGCCGCGCUGUUCUGGCUGGCGAGAAUGCUUAACGGUGGUGAAGACCCGCUGUUCAUAGCUCGCCGGAUGGUGGUUAUCGCAAGUGAGGAUAUUGGCCUGGCUGAUAACUCCAUGUUAUCGCUCGCUACGGCUGCCUUCACGGCUGUCCAGCAGGUCGGCCUGCCAGAGGCUCGCAUCAACCUGGCGCAUUGUGCGGUGGCUUUGGCCCUUGCGAAGAAGUCGACGCGUGCUUAUAGGGGCCUGGGGAAGGCUAUGGACGUGGUGGGGAAGGACCCGGUGGUGGCUGGCGCGGCCGUGCCAGUACAUCUCCGUAAUGCGCCGACGAAGCUCAUGAAGGAGUUGAAUUAUGGCGUUGGUUAUAAGUACAAUCCAGACUACAGGGAUGGAAAGGUUAAGCAAGAUUACCUACCAGAAGACCUCAAAGGAAUGAAGUUCCUGGAGAAUAUCGAUCUGGGAAGAAGAGUCGAUCCAGAUCUUGACGACGACGAGGAGGAGGAUGAUUACAGGCCGCUUUGA